CGACACGUGAGCAGGCGUUGAAGCUGCCUGCGUUUGUGGAAGCGGUCUGUGGACACGCCUCUGCUGCCUUCCAGAAAGCCGCUGUCAACUCUGAGAAUUGACGUGCAGAUUUGAAAUGUGAUCGGUGCUGUCUUCGAGGACGAGGCAUUGUUGAAGAUGGCAAACAAGGAGGCGACCAUAUACAUCAUUGAUGUUGGCAAGUCAAUGGGAAGGAAGCAACACGGUCGCCAGCAGACAAAUCUCGAUUGGAGCAUGCAGUAUGUUUGGGAUAGGAUCACAACCACUGUGAAAGAUGGCAAAAAGCUCGAACAGCUCGGCGUUCUCGCUGUUCGAACGGACGAGACGCAGAAUAUUUUGGACAGCGACGACGGGUUUUCCAACAUCACUGAACUUCAGGGCAUCCAGCAGACACUUCUUUCAGAUCUGCGAAAGCUCCGCGAUGCCAUCCGCCCGAGCAACACGUCUCGCGGUGAUAUUCUCUCCGCGCUUGUUUUGGCCGUUCACAUGAUGGGACAGCAUACCAGGAAGUUAAAGUACAAGCGCAAGAUCGUACUAGUCACCGACGCUUCCGUCUCGAUUUACGCCGAGGACAGCCAUGAGAUCGUCAAGAAAAUCAAGGAGGAUGACAUCGAACUUACCAUCCUCGGUGUCGACUUUGACGAUCCUGAAUACGGCUUCAAGGAGGAAGACAAGAAUCCUAUCAAAGCGCAAAAUGAAGCGAUCCUGAAGCAGCUUUGCGAGGACUGCGAUGGAACGUUUGGCACGAUGGCCUACGCAAUCUCUGAACUGGGUCUACCUCGAAUCACGCUGCCAAACCCUGUACCAUUGUAUAAAGGGACGCUGACGUUGGGAGACCCAAGCAAAUACGACACGGCCAUGACCAUCCAGGUUGAGCGUUAUGCCAAAGUCAGGCUCGCGAAAGCCCCAACGGCCAGCAACUACGUUGUAAGCGUAGGAGGUGGUGGCGGCGUCGCUGCUGCUGCAGGGUCAAGCACGCACACGUCGGCGACGGUGCAGGAUGGUGGUGACGAAUCUGCCGGGGAUGGAUUGGCCUCAGUGAAGUACUCGAGAACGUACACCGUCGAAGAUGAGAACGCGCCAGGCGGCAAACGCGAGGUUGAGAGAGAUGAACUUGCUCGAGGGUUCGAAUACGGGCGCACUGCCGUGCCUAUGGAACGCGAAGACGAGCAUGUUACGAAGCUAGAAACAUUCGAAUCUUUCGACAUUGUUGGUUUCGUGGCAGCAUCCGAAUACGAGCACUGGAUGAGCAUGUCUGAAACAAGCCAGACGGUGCCUAGCAAGGUAAACCAGAAGGCUGCAAUGGCAUUUUCGUCCUUGGUACACGCAUUGUACGAGAGAGAUUCCUAUGCGGUGGCUAGACUCGUUACAAAGAACGGUAGGAAUCCUAUCAUGGUGCUUAUGGCGCCAUUUUUCGACCCAGCCAACAACUUCGAGUGCCUCGUCGAUGUGGAGCUGCCCUUUGCGGAGGACAUGCGGUCUUUCACUUUCCCGCCGCUGGACAAAGUUGUCACGGUUGGCGGGAAACAUAUAGAACGGCAUCGCAACCUGCCAAAUGAAGCCCUUCUGAGUGCCAUGAGCGAUUUUGUGGAUACCAUGGACCUAUCUACCUUUGGCAAGGACGACGACGGCAAUCCCGCCGAAUACGCCCCUAUCACUGACACGUACAACGCACGAAAGAACUACAUAGAGCAUGCCAUCAAAUUCCGUGCAAUCCACCCUACAGAUGAGGUUCCGCCUGCGCCAGAUAUCCUCCUUAAAUAUUCGAAUCCACCUGCAGAGUUGCUCGAAUCCGCAAAAACCAAUCUCGACGCUUUGAUCAAAGCCGCGGAUGUUAAGAAAGUGCCACCUAAACUGAAAGGUCGAAAACGAGGUCGAGACAUUGAGAAACCGCUGUCCGGCCUCGACAUCGAGUCUCUCCUUCGCAGCGGCGACAACAAGCGUGUCAAGAUAUCCCCCGAGAACGCAAUCCCGGAAUUCAAACAACUGAUCGCCACCGUCGACGAGAUAAGCAGUCUCAAAGACGCGGUCAGACAGCUGUCCGUCAUCAUCCAGGACUACAUCCGGACGAGCACAGGGAACUACAACUAUCAAAGAGCGAUAGAAGCCAUGCGCGUGAUGAAGGAAGAAAUGAUGGAGUAUGAGGAACCCAAUUUGUACAACGACUUCUUGCGAGAGCUCAAGAAGAAGUUGGUGGCUGGCGAUCUGGGUGGCGACAGAACGGAGAUGUGGUAUCUGGUGAAGGUGUCUAGGUUGGGUCUGAUUGACAGCGCGAUGAGCGAGUUGGCAGAUGUGAGCCCUGAUGAUGCCAAAGCGUUUAUGACGCUCAGCUGAUGAUCGACACUCUGGCGCUGGUUCUGAAUUUGCUGGAAAACGAAUUGAGCUCGCGACAUGUGCAAGAGCUUUUGCGAGCAAAGUCUACGUUGAAGAGCCUGUUCGAGCUUCGGUUCCGCAAUGACCAGGCACCGACUCUUUGAAGUCAUGACACCUGCCGGGAGGCUUUUGAAUCCGAAUAUGUACCUUGGAGAGACGCUCAAAAUCCCAUGGAAGUUCGUAGACCUCUCGACGGACCGAAAUGAUGCCUCAAAUGUCUACCCGGAAGAACCAUGAUUUCCAUGAAUUUUUCUCACCAUUGUUCCAAGUCAGGCAUCACAGCCCGUCAGCAAUGGUUCAGCUCACUCAAGUCAGCCGCUCGCACAUCAGAUGAUGUACCACCACGGGGUAGAGCGUAUUGUUCAGCAUGUGGCAUGGCCACAAGCCAUUCUGGGGAGGUUUUAUUUACGACAAGUGUUGUCACCAGGAGGUGAACUGUCUGCUGGUGGUUUCAGAAAGACAACAAAAUUCCGUUUCCUCUGUACUCGGACUGACCUUCCGUGUACAUCAAUAACAUACGUGUGGGCUAGCAAAAAGAAGGCCAGGGGGAAAAGGGAAGCGUGCUCUUCGAUUCAUGGCUUCUGCCAUCUUUUAUCUGCCAAGCCUUCCAAAUCACCCGAAAAUCAGUGAGCGUUUCCGCGCAGCAUAAAAGCAACGGCCUCGAUUAGAAUCGCUCAGCAUGAACUUCAUGUAUCAUACAUCACAACUUUGGCUUUGUCCCCAACGGAUUACCUAGCCGUCCCAAAC